CGCUGGUGCUGCCUACUGAAGUUCGGUGCGUCUGGCUCGCUGCACCCGCGAUUCAUCUUGCGCAGCCCGAGUCUUGGGGGAGCCCCAGAGCCCAGAUUGGGGACCUUAGUCCCCCGUGCGCAGCGGAGAUCGCCGCGGCGUUUCUGAGAUGCCCGGGAGAAAGGCGCGUCGGAACGCGACAGUGAACCCAACGCGGGCAGAGCUACCGCCUGAGUUCGCAGCUCAACUCAGGAGGAUUGGAGACAAACUGUACUGUACGUGGAGUGCACCGGACAUAACUGAAGUUCUGGUGCAGAUGCCUGGGAAGAAGUCGCAAAAGAGUACGAUGAGGAGCCCAAGCCCAACCGGGGUGCCAGCAGACCUGAAGGACGAGUGUGCUCAACUCCGGAGAAUUGGAGACAAAGUGAAUUUACGGCAGAAACUUCUGAAUUUUAUUUCCAAGCUCUUCAAUUUAGUAACCUGAGUUCUUCCAAAGCUUUUGCAAGAAGGGACCUCUUAGGAAGGAAGUUCCGCUGGUUGAUGGAAAUGUCUGGUAUUGGAUGGACUGUGAUGUGAUGAGAGAAACGCUCACUUGCUUUUGGUUCCCCGAGCAGGGCUGAUGAAGGAGAUGGAAAUGAGUUUCUUUGGGAAAGUUUUCAGAAAUCGUUGUUUGAGAUGUGAUAACAUGAAACCAUGCUUGUUUUUACUUGUAUUAUUUUUUUUGAAGAGUCGUGGAGCUAGGGAAGUAACUAGUAAUAAUCUGUCUUUUUAAGAGUUGUUCCGGUGUUUUUGCCAAAGGUUGUUGUCAAGAAUAAUAGACGGGGGGCGUGGCUAGUGGUUACAUUGUAUGGGGACAGUCGUUUGGGAUUGCUUUAUGACAACUCCAGAACAAUGUACUAUCUAACACUGAAUGUUCUAGUGAAAACUGAUUUCAUAGGUCACUACAAGCUUAACGGGAUUGAGUCUGUUUAGAUGGCUUUUACGUGUGUUACUGUAAGCAUUAACUGGAGAGUAUGGGGAGACUACCAAGUAACUGGGGGAAAUUAGAAAUAUAGUAAGGUCAGUAGGUGCCAGUCAAACUCUUACAGAUUGACUUGUAUGUGAUAAAAAGAGAGUUUGGAUUUUAUAUAACCCAAGAAAAGGUUAAAAACAAACUUAAAAGUCGACACAAUUAAAACUUAGUAAAAGAUCCAUGAGAAGUUUCUAAAAUGUUGUAUUUUCCUUCCCCCUCCCCUCGCUUGUUUUUGUUUUUGGAGACAG